ACGGCGAAAACUGGGGAUGCAUAACAUAAAAUGAUUACACACCAUUUACAUAUUGAUGAUAAUAUUUUCUCAUAAUCAAAAUAUAAUCACCUACACAAAAUUACUUUACAAGCGACAACACUGGCUGAUGAGCAUGCAACCCUGCGUUUGUCACCGCGUUUAACAUUCAAAACGUUCGAUUCUUAACAACGCGUCGCUUGAUUUUUGUCGACGGCAUCAGCUAAGUAAACACUUUGCAUGUAGCUAUUAAAAUAUUGUUUAACUACACACAAAUCAAUAUGCCGCCACAACGCGAGCCAAUUAGUGUGCGUACUACGCGACUCAACAAUCUAAUACUUGGUAAAGGAGUUGGCGCCGUGCAAAAAUCUUCAACAAGCGCUUUGAGACGAAGCGUUGUGCCUUUAAAUACCGCAAGUGCAGCUGUCGCAGAGGCCAUCUGUCGGGAGGGUUUGCUAGACGCAUUCUGCCUGCUGUAUAAUGAGUGCGACAAAGAGACUCUUAAGAAGCGCGACCGCAACAUAGCCGAAUUUGUAAAUAAAUUUCGUCCUAUUGUUGAGGAAACGCGCCAGCUGCGCGUAAACGCCGAUGAUUUUGUUAUCAAGGCCCUCAUUGGCAAAGGCUAUUUCGGCAAUGUCCAUUUGGUACUCGAGCGCCAAACAUCCGAUGUUUAUGCCAUGAAAAAGAUCAAGAAAUCGAUGGUGACCACAUCGCAAGUAGAACGCGAUAUAAUGUCUCAACGUAACUCUGAGUGGUUGACCAAUUUACAGUAUGCUUUCCAGGACAAUGAUAACCUGUAUUUGAUCAUGGAAUAUCUCCCAGGAGGCGACCUUCUGAGCCUAAUGUCACGUCACGGUCCAUUUGACGAGGAUAUGGCUCGUUUUUAUUUGGCCGAGCUAACGCUGGCUCUCCAUACUCUGCAUACCAUGGGUUAUGUCCAUCGAGACAUAAAACCAGAAAACAUUUUAAUCGAUCGGUUUGGUCACAUCAAAUUGGCUGACUUUGGCAAUGCAGCUGCCUUGGACCGAGAUGGUCAUGUAUUAAGUCUAUCGCCAGUUGGUACACCAGACUAUAUAGCACCGGAGCUUUUACAAACCAUAUCAACGUAUAAGCUAUCAAAAUCUAUGCAUGACGUAAGCUGCGAUUAUUGGUCCAUGGGUAUAAUUGGCUAUGAGCUCAUAUGUGAGAUAACGCCAUUCCAUGAGGAUAACGUACACGAAACAUAUUCAAAAAUACUUUCUCACUGCGAGGAUAGCCGUUUGAAGAAAAUAGUUAGCUUUCCCAGUGAUCUGAAGAUUUCAAGUAAUUUGAAACAUUUGAUCGGGUCGUUGGUCACCAAUCCAACGAAUCGUCUUUCGUACGAGCAGAUUGUUAAACAUCCAUUCUUCGAAAGCAUCCAGUGGAGUACAGUUCGUUCGCAGGUGCCUCCUAUAAUACCUACAAUUAAGUCGGACGACGAUAUAUCCAACUUCGAGGACGGAAUACGGCAUAAAGCGCGACGUGAACCGCAAACCAAAAAGUCAUUGACUUCGAACAUGAAGUCUAAUGAUUUUAGUGGCAAGGAUUUGCCUUUUAUCGGCUACAGUUUUGUUCAUUUAGAAAAUGAUUACAGUACAGCCGAUGCUUCGGAUACAGUACGCACUAAGCUACAGGAAAAGCUGCGAACUCUGCAACAAAAGUUGAAAUCACGUGAAGGGGAAAUUCUUAAACUGAAACAGGAAUUGGUUAAGGCACAGCAAACUGUUAAGCAGAGUGAUGGUUCAUCGCAAGUAGUGCUUGAGGCCAAAGUGGAAAUCACAAAACUCCAGGACAUAAUUAAGGAAAAGACCAUGGAGCUGGCCAGCUGUAAAACCCAAAUCAAAACGUUGCAGAGCUCAGCGAAAAUUGACGAAGAAAUGUGGUCGAAAAAAGAAGCCACUAUCACAGAUCUGUUGCGCCUGAAUCGACAAAAGUACGAGGAGGCAAAAAUUUCAUCCGAACAAAGAUAUGAGAAGCAGCUAGCGGAGAAAAAACAAGAGCUAGCCUGCACGGUGCAAAAGUUGGAGGCUAGAGAGCUAGAAUUUCAUGCCAAAACUGAUGAAUGUAAACAUCUUCGAGACAAACUGGAGAACUACAAGGAUAUGCUAAAGCAAUUAAAAGAACAGAGCGUUAAAGCCGAUACGAAUCAUGAGAAGCAAAGAAAACAUCUAACAGAGACCUAUGAACAAAAGCUUUUAGAGCUGCGCCAAAAGCUGCGUGAAUCACAGGACACUCACCGUCGCAUGACCUUCGAGCUGCAAAAUAUUCGCACGGAGUUGGAUGAAUCAAUCAGCUCAAGUAAAUCAAACCAAGAAGCUAAAAAUGCGACAGAGCGCAGCAUCGAGGAUAUACUGCAGCGUCUCAAUUGUGAGAUAAGCGCAAACAACGAGCUCCGCGCAGCCAAAACUUCUCUAGAGGCGCAGUUAAGUCACACUAAAAAAGAAUUUGAUGAAGUACAGGCAGAAUGUCAGCGUUUGGAUCGAGAGCUACAGCUGGCUGAGUGUCGUUGCAACUUGGCGGAAUCAUCGCUCGCAUCUCAAGCCUCGCCUUACGAAACGGCGCCUGGUUCUUUGACGGAGCUGCAUGCUAUUGAGGAUCAGCUGCGUGCCGAUUUGGUGGCUGCCAAGGAUGCUGAAUCUGUGCAAAAGACCCGCGCAGAUCAGCUUCAGGAACUAGUUUCAAAACUGGAAAGAAUGCUCGAACGUUUCAAUGAGCAAAGUUUAUCGCCCAUGAAGGGCCAUUCGGGUGCUGCUAACACUGCCGUGGGCGACAUGCUCGAGCGUCAGAAUGAGAAGCUAGAAGAUAAAUUAGCUGCAGUGAGAGAACAAAUGAUUGUAGAACGUCAGGCAGCACGAACGGCCAAUUUGUCACUCUGGAAGGUGGAAAAGCAACUGGAGGAGGCGCUUGCAGAGAAGAAGCUGCUUGCACGGCGCAUGGAAUUGACGGAAGAACGCGUCAAGAAAGCGCAGAAUGAACGUGAAGAGGCUCAACGUAAGCAGAAAUCCACACAAGAUGAGUUCCGUCAGCGUGAUGCACGGAUUGAUGAAUUAAAAGCUGAGCUGGCAACCAGCAAGCGAGAUGUGCUGAAAGAGCAUCGCAUGUGGGAGAAAGCUGAGGAGGAGCGCAUGAAGUGUAAAUCAGAGGUUAUCGAGCACUUGGCAAACGUGCACAGGUUGGAACAGCAGGUUAGAGAAGUGCGUCAAAAGCUGAAUCAAUCUCAGCAGCGUUGCGAUGGUCUGGGUCUAGAACAGAAGCGUCUACAGCGUGAACUACAAGAGGAACGGGAACGCAAUGCAGCAGCUGGCGAAAGCACUCAAGCCUUGCAGGCGGAGCUGAAGCAGCUGACUGAUAAUUUCCAACGUCUAAAAUACGCAUGCAGCAUAACUGACAAUCAGCUAACGGAGGUGGAGAACAUGUUGGAGACGGAGCAAAAGCGAAACAAAACACAGCAAACCCAGCUGGAUGCCUGCCAUGAAAAAUUACGCGAACGUAACGAUCAGAUUACUCAGCUGCGCAAGGAUUUAAAUGUGCAGGAGUCCGGCAAGCGUCAAGCUGAGCAGCAUGCUAAGAUGCUUAGUGUUGAAUUGGAAGAGCUUAAGGAGAACUUGAAGCAGCUGCAAAUGAAGUUAAUCUCACAACAGGGCCAGCUGGUCGAGCAAACGAAUGCGCUAUUCGGCGCCCAGGAGCGGGCGGAUCAGCUGGAUGUGCAGAGCGCUAGUUGCCAGGCGCAGAAUGCAGACUACGAGCGCGAGUUACUUAGUCUGAAGGAGGAGAAUGCUCGCAUACUGAGUGAGCUUUUCCACAGCAAGGAGGAGGUGCUGCAUUUGCAUGACGAGGUCAAGAAUCUGCAGGCUGUCCAAACAGGACUCCAUACCGAGAUCGAUGAGCUGCAAAAUGCGCUUACCGAAAAGGAACAAUUCUAUGUGCAGCGAGACAUCAAGGCAAUGGCUACGCUGGCUCAACACAAGAAACUCAUCGACUAUCUACAGCUUAAAGUGGAGGAUUUGUCAGCGAAGAAAAAGAAAACUCUGGCAGAUAAAAUUUUUGGAUCUAACAGCCAUGCCAAGGAGAACAUAUCACCGAAUGAUGUGGAGUCAUCAAUACUAUAUCGUGCCCUGAAAGAGGAACUGCGCCGAGAGCAAAAGCUUUCCAAGAUGCUGCAGGAACAGUUGGAUCAAUUAAAUGGCACGGCAACUUUGCGUUCGCCACGUAAGUCAAGCGCAGUCAAUGGAGAUGCAGAUGAGCCUAAGCUGCGCCCAGCUAGUAUUGCCACAGUUCCACGAUCUCCACGUAAGCAGCCAACGACAAUUAAACGAUCUGCAAGCCAAACCGAUACCAAAGCAAAAUUGAAAUCGCCACAAACACAGCAGAGCACAAGUGAAGUGACGCAUCAUCGUUUCGAGUUGGCUUUGCAAGAGUCGAAAGUCGAUGCUGCCAAUUGUGUGGCCUGUGAACAACCAAUUGUGGCCGGUUCUCCUUAUUGGCGCUGCAAAGAAUGCAAAGAUGCAUCACAUCGCAAAUGUCGAGCUAACGUAACUAGCAUCUGUGGCAGCUCAAUUGUAUCGUCUUGCGACGAGGUCAGCGAAACUCGACCAGAGUCGAGCUGUAGCAGCAGCCUGGACACAUUGGACAGCGAGAGCAACUGCACAGGAGAGUACAUGGGCACACUGGCUUACAAUGGCUCACAGAACAAUCAUAACGGCGAGGUCAUUGAGAUCAAUUGUGCAUUCGAGAUAGUGGAACAGAAAAUCUUACUAUUUGGCUGCAACAGCGGUCUGUUUACCUACAAUGUGGAGACACAGCGCUUGUUACACAUUGCAGGCAUCGAGUCGGUUAGCUACGUGUCCAUAUCGACACGUCUGGCCAAGGCCAUGAUGGUGGGCGCCAAUGGUGAGAAGCUCUACCAGUGCGACUAUAGGCAGCUGGAGUCACGCUGCCAAAGCUCGAUUCCCUGCAAUAAGCCUGUGUUGGAGACCUCUGUAAUUGAAUUGCCGUUUGCCAAUCGUUCAGUGAGUGAAAAAUGGAAACUUGUUCAGAUUUCAAACGAAUCUGAGAAUGCCCUCGACUCGGUGGCCAUUGCGGCAACAUCUACACGUAUUGUCAUACUGAAAUACGAUCUUAAGCUGCAUAAAUUUAAGCCAGUACGUGCAUUGGAUACGGCGACGCCCGUAACAUCCAUUUUUUAUACACGCCACUCGGCCAUCGUCAGCUCGGAUAAGUUUUAUGAAAUCGAUCUGGAUAACUAUGCGGCUGAAGAGUUUGUGGAUCUGGCGGAUAAGACGCUGCAGCACACAUUAAACUGUCAGCCAUUUGUAGCUGUACGUAUUUCUCGUCAGGAGUUCCUGCUCUGCUUUGCCGAAUGCGGCGUCUUUGUCGACGAAUUUGGCUGUCGCUCGCGCCCAUAUGAUUUAAAUUGGGUUUACGCGCCAACUGGUUUCGCUUACCGGGAGCCAUUCCUCUACGUUGCGCACUAUCAGUACGUGCAAAUAAUGCGACUACAUCGUUCGUACAGCAAAGAGCUGGCCAAUGCGGAAGGCAGCGACUCAUCAGAAAUGCAACGAUUUUACUUGCCGCAUUAUAUGCCUACUCUGUUGACUUCUAGUGGAGAGCGAAAUAUGUACACUCUAUCUAUAAAUAAGCAAGCUGGCUAUCAGCAGAUAUAUCACAUAGAUGCAUUGCGAACCUUCAAAAAGAAGCUCAACGUAUCCAUGGAGACAAUAUCCUCGGUGGCAACAUCUAUAACGCUCGGCUCUGCGAUGACAACCGAUAGUCUAUAAGGCGUACUUAAUAAAUAAUAUAUCUGCCUGUAAAUACAUACAUGCGUAUGUAUAUAGUAUUUAACACAA